AUGAAUGAAAAUAAUAUUACGAUAAAAGUAAGGCUAUCGGAUGAAGAUUAUCAUGACAUUUCAAUUGAUUGGUCAGAUGAAAGUUUCGAUUUCAAGAAACAAUUGUUUCAUCAGUUAUCAGCAUACACAGGAAUACCAAUUAUCCAUCAAGCGUGUAUCGAUGUGGACAAUGUAAAUCUUCAUCGAUGUGAAGGUCUGAUGAACGCCGAAUUCAAAAACGGAGAUGUGCAUGAGUAUUAUGGUUGGAAAUUCGAUACUAAAGAGGAUGCAAUGAAUGCUCUUCAAGAUGGCGAUUGUUUUUUGCUUCACACAGAACUGAAAUCAGGCGUUUAUCAUCCUGGGAUUUACUGUACUUAUAAACUGGUGCAUUGGGAUCUGGUUAGUGAAACUGGAUGUAACUUCCAUUAUUGCCAUUACUUGGGUAGUCGACCUAUUAUCGAGAGAUUUACAGAGCUGGUGAAUUCAGAUUCCUUGCAAAAAGCUAUGGACGAGGCAGGACUAACAAUGGAGGAAAGGAAUAGAACUCUAAUUAAUUUGAACAUUAAGCAUUUUACAGAGCUAAAGUGUAGUGCAAAGAACUUGAUUUAUCCGGGUUCAGGGUGGCGGAUACACAGUGACUAUUUGCGUUAUCGUGGUUAAACAAACAAGAGUGAAUGAGCUCAACAAAAAACAAGAUUCCUCAUCUCUAUUGAUUAAAAGUAAAAGUAAAAGUCUCCCG